UUCCGCCAUCUCUUCGGCGGCCUUUCGUUGUUUUCAAGAGAAGCACGUUGUUUAUAAAAUUAUAACAGAGAUUCGCCACCAUGUCCACCCCCAGCAUACAGCUGGGCGACUACAUAGUCAUCCAGCGUCAGAAGUACACGAAACUGCAAAAGUUCGGCAGCCUGGACACCACGGCCACGCUGGGAAAGGAAACCCUCGAGCUGAAAUCCCUGCUGGACCAGCCCUAUGGCUCUACUUUCAAAAUGUGCGUCAAGGAGACGAAACCGGGUAAACGGGGGGCCCAGCGCCAGCACGCCCUUGAACUGUGCAGCGAGACGGAGCUCCGGAGCACACGGGAACUGCUGGGAAUCUCCAGCAGCGGAGCCGACAACCGGGAUAUCUGCGACGACGGAGAGGCGCAGGCCCUCAAGCCCUCUGACAUUGAACAGCUUCGGGAGGAGUGCAAUGGAUCCAGCAAGAUCAUCGAAAAGCUGGUGGAGAACUCGAAGACUUUCCAUGCCCGCACAGAGUACUCCCAGGAGAAGUACCUGCGGAAGAAGGAGAAGAAGUACUUUGAGUUUGUCCAAAUCCGCCAGCCUACCAUUCGCUUGUUGGUCGACAUAUUCUACAGACAGGAUGCCGAGAAGAUAAUGGGCAUCCGAGUGGACACGCUCUCACAAAUCAUUUCCUACUCGGGCGUUUGCGGCUUUGGAAGCUAUCUCCUUUACGAAAGCGGCACCAACGGGCUUUUGCCGGCUGCCAUGUUGAACUCGAUCGGAGCGGGAACGGAGGGAACCCUAGUGCACAUGCGUCCUGGAAAUGUGCCACAAAAACAGGCUCUUUUGGCGCUUAAACUGCCCCUAGAACAACAGCAGAGGUGCGUUUCCGUAAAUCUGUACUCCGUUCUGAGGGAAUUCUAUCAGGGAGGAGAAUCUAAGGAAUCGGAGGUACCUGCGACGGAACCCAGUGAGGUGGAGACUCAGGAAACUCAGCCGGAAACACCAACGGAAGAGCAACCAGAGAACAUUGAACCUAGCACCAAGAAGCCCAAGCUAGAUGACAAUCAAAAUGGGCCCAAAGGACCCCUCCGAUGGCAGUUGGAAAAUAAGAAAGCCGCCGCUCUGAUGCAUGCCAAAUUCGACAGCUUAGUACUGGCCGCCAAGGAGCAUCCGUCCAACAUUCUUGAAGCGCUGCUGCCCCUCGUUAAGCCGUCCCGACCCGUGGUGGUGUUCGGCACAUGCAAAGAGCUCCUGCAAGAGACGUACAUGGAGCUGAAGGCAACCGGAAAGGUGACAGGACUGCAUCUAACUUCCAAUUGGCUGCGCACAUACCAAAUCCUGCCGAACCGCACUCACCCAGAGGUGAACAUGAGCGGGAACAGUGGCUACCUGCUGACGGGCUACACGCUAAAAUAGGUUUAAUAAAUGUAAGCGUUUGUUUCGAUAAUA